CCCGUCUGUUUUCUCACGUCCUGCACACCAACCACAACAACAUCCCACCGCAACCUGCUUCCAUUCUCUCGUAGAGCUGAUAUCCAGUCUCAUUGACGCUGAUCAACAGAUAUUCUAUUUUAUCGAUUUGAAUCGUCAUUCGCAAUCCACCGUCGCCAUGCCUGCCAAGAAAGCCAGCGCCUCCAAGGCCGCUUCCUCCCACGCUUCCUACAGAGAUAUGAUCAAGGAUGCCAUCAUCAAUCUCAAGGAACGCAAUGGAAGCAGUCGCCAGGCUCUUAAGAAAUAUGUUCAAGCCAACAAUAAAAUCAAUAUCACUUCACAGAGCGCGUUCGAUACCCAAUUCAACCGUGCUGUCAAGACUGGUGUCGAGAAGGGCGAUUUCACUCAACCAAAGGGUCCAUCUGGUCCCGUGAAACUUGCUAAGAAGGAACCCACCAAACCCGCUGCUAAGAAGGCUACUACUACCGCAAAGCCUGCUGCUCCCAAGAAGGAAAAGCCAGCAGCUAAGAAGGCUGCGACGAAGGCUACUACCAAGAAAGCCGCAGCCCCCAAGAAGACUACUACUACGAAGACGAAGGCGAACGUAGCUAAGCCUCGCAAGGCCCCAGUCGCCCCAGCAGUUGUCGACGCACCCAAGGUCACAGCGACGACCAAGUCUGGCCGCGUCACAAAAUCUACCGCUAAGGCCACACCAAAAAAGAAGACCACCGGAACCAAGAAGGCCACAAAGAAGGCUACGCCGAAGAAAGCAGCAUAGUUUUGUUUUGUUUUCUUUUUUUCCUACAAUUUUUGCCUUCUAUUCUUUUGAUUCCGUGGGUUAAGGGUCUGGCUCUCAUGUUUGGCUUUCUCUCUCCCUCCUUUACCCUCCUUCUCCUUCGGUUCCGAAUAGUUCUGGGGGGAUUUUUUUUAAAACCGAGUAUCGUGCACAUGAAUCACCUUUUUGUAAUUUGGUAUGAAACGGCGUCGAGGUGGGAAAUAAGGAAAUGGAUGGCUUGCUUUUUCUCAGUUUUAGUCUUGUCUUGUUGAACGCUUUUUUUUGACUUUUCAGUGUGUUUAUUCACUUUUUUUAUCCAUGGUAUUCGCGAUAUCGCGUAAAGUAUUUCAAGUUGGGCGAUGAGAGUCUUGUGGGAGUGUCCACCUUGGUUAUUGUAGUGAUAUGUGGUUUUGUUCCUCUUUUCAAAGUGUUCUCUACUUAACUUUUAUAUCAUAUUUUAUUUUACUCUUAUUAUGUC